AUGGCGACUCCUAACAACAUUGAUCCCAAGGAUAUUCGAGCACACUGGGCCGAAUAUCAGGGCGACAAGUAUGUUGAUGGCUGGGCCUCUCUCUGGGACAAAUAUGAUAAUCUGCCCUGGGAUCGUGGCUUCCCCAACCCCGCGCUAGAAGACACCCUGGUCCAGCGAGCUGGCACCAUUGGCAAGCCGAUCACCCAGGACGGCCAGAGGCGGAAGGCCCUGGUGCCGGGCUGUGGGCGUGGAGUAGAUGUACUCUUACUGGCAAGCUUUGGGUAUGAUGCCUAUGGCCUGGAAGUUAGCGCCACGGCUGUCGAUGCAUGCAAGAAGGAAGAGAAGGAGAACCCUAGCUGGUACCGCGUGCGAGACGAGAAAGCCGGGAAGGGGAAGGUCACUUUCGUCCAGGGAGAUUUCUUUGAUGAUACCUGGUUGAAGGAAAUUGGAGUACCUCGAAAUGGAUUUGAUAUUAUUUAUGAUUACACGAUCUCCUACAACGAUAAGGGUCUUGUCAAUGCGGACCCGUUGCGAGAGCCUAGCAAGGCGGGCUUGGAGAGAGUGGCAUACUGGCAACCAGAGCGCACGCACGCUGUAGGCAAGGGUGAGAAUGGGGUGAUCCAUGACAGAGUCUCUAUUUGGCGUCGACGUGACUAA